AGUCAUGGAGAGAGCGAGAGCGAGCGGACCGACACACUCAGAGACAGAGAGAGAGAGAGAGAGAGAGAGAGAGAGAGAGAGAGAGAGAGAGAGAGAGAAAGAGAGAUGGCGGGGGUCGAGGAGGUGGUGCGGGAGAUCGUGGGCGGGAAAACCGUCGUCGUCCAGGAAACGAAGGUGGAUCGGCAUUGCCACCCUCGCGGCCGAAUGGAUUUCAGCCCUGACACGGCUGAUCUCCAUAGUCGUGUCUACUAUGUUCUCGGGGAAGGGACCCUGGCGAUGAAGAUUGACGGCGGUUUCGAGUACAACAAGGAAGGCAACCUGGUGGACGUCAUCCUCAACGUGAAGAAGUUGUUGGAAGUCGUCCCCGACGAGUGGCGUCUCCCAGAACGUGAUGUCGUCGGCGACAUCGUGAGAUACCUGGUGUCCGCCAUUGCUGAUGAACAGAUGGCUGCGCUUCACGGCAGUGCGUUCUACGUGGCGCACAUGCAGCCCCCUCUCCGGGGUAGGCAGUACUUGCACGGCGCUGUGCAAUCGUGGGUCCGGAAGACGAUCUGAAGGCUGCGCGUCGACGGUG